AAGAUGAAGGGUUUGAUUAUGAGGAAUUUAUUUACUAUUUAAAAAGGGAAAUAAAGGGAUACGACGCAGUGCGAUAUUGCUACUUAAAUGUUGAAAAAUUAAGAGAAGGAUAUGCUAAUUACCUAAGAUUAAAAGAAAUUCAUGAUGAAGAUAGAUGGAAUGGCCAUGGAUUUACCAUUGAGGAAAUUGAACAAUGGAUUAAAAAAGGUCUGUUCCCCAACGAGUAUGAUUUAGCCAAUUAUCUAAAAAACAGAGGAUACAAUCCCGAACAGGAAUUUGAUUUAUCUAAUUUAAACGAUAGUGAUUAUUGUGUUUGGUUGAGGGAUACUAAGAAAGUAAAUGCUGAGUGGGUGAUGUAUAAUAACGAAGAAAACGAAAAGUUAAAAAACUCUUAUUGGAAAUUUGGAUUAUGUGAAGAAUGCCAACAACCUAAAACCGGAGAAUCAUUUUGUCCUUGUUCUUUUCAACUCUGA